ACUAUUGAGACGUAUACGUUCCUCAAAUUCCUCGUGUAUAUUUGACAUGAAAAGCCUGGACAUUGGAAUGAGAAAGUGAUCGGGGCAUGUCUUGCUUCGGAGGGCACGACGAGCAGCUCUACCUCAUAGAGCUAAUGGUUGACAAACUCAAACUCACGCUAGACAAGAUAAAAGAUGUCGGCAAGUCGAAGCUUGUGGUUAAGAUCAGGUUUUUGGAUUUCCCUAUAUUUGCAAUAUCGACUAAUGAUUUUACUGGUACUAUGAUAUCAUCGAUGCCGGAUGAGAAUGGCGUCAUUAACCUUUCCUCAGGCGAGUCCUGCCUCUUUGUUCGAAAACCUAAAGUCCUUGUGGAAGAAUUAAAGAAGAAUGUAAAAUACCAUUUUCUGGCUGUCUUUGUGAUCAAGUGGCCAUGGCUCAGAAUGAUCCAGAUCAUGCACCUAAGCCUUAUUCACUUAAGGGUGGUUUUCACCUGGUGGAUCCUGGAGAGAAUCCGUCGGGUACUAUUGAUCUGGAUAUACGACGAGAGUGAGUUCUGCGUGAAACCUGUGAUAACGACAGGAGUUCCUGGCGACGUGGUGGAAUUGGAAGAGAUGAAGUGUCCCGAUAGCAUUCUUCCAGAAUCCUUUGACGAAGAGAAACGACCACAGCGGACUUCUAAAUAAGGGCAGGUUACGUUAAGUAGGAAAAAAUUGAAAGU